UACCAGUGAGGUGAACGGAAGUAGAUGGAAACAGGAAGGCCAGAGUGGUUCUGACAGCAACAAAACAUCUGUUGUUGGACAGCCACCUCUUAAAAAAAGAAAAGAAAAGAAAGAAAAAAAACCGCUUCUGUUGAAUAUUAUUACUAUUAUUAUUAUUUUAGUUUUGGUACAGACAUAGAUGUUAAAUCAACAUGGUUCAUCAGAAGCUUCUUCUAACCACGUCGAAACUGCUGCUGCUACUUUUCUCCUUUCUUCUUCUUCCUCCGGCUGUCGCCGAUCGCCGGCGGCCAGCAGCCCGGAGUGCCGGUGCCUCGGAGGGGGAAACAGCAGAAACUUAUGACAAAUACUACAAUUACGGGAACCUGACCGAACGGCUCCGGUCUUUGGCGCAGAGUCACCCUCACAUCGCGAACCUGUCGAGCAUAGGUCAGUCCGUUAACGGCAGGGAGCUGUGGGUGAUGCGGAUCACGCUGGACCCCGACAGGGACUCACCGGGGAGACCCAAGUUUAAAUACGUCGGGAACAUGCAUGGAGACGAGACCGUGUCCAGACAGGUGCUGAUUUACCUGGUGGAGUAUUUGCUGAMCCAGUAUGGAGUGGACCCCCGCAUUAUGGAGCUGGUGAACAGCACGGACAUCUACAUCCUGCCCAGCAUGAACCCAGACGGCUUUGAGAGGUCCAAGGAGGGGGACUGUGAAGGGGAGAACGGGGGUCGAGCGAACUCCAAAUUCAAGGAUCUGAACAGGAGCUUUCCAGACCAGUUUGAUGGGACCUCUGAGGACCCGAGCACAAUACCUGAGGUCAUGGCUGUCAUCAGAUGGAUUAAGGAGAAAAAGUUUGUUCUGUCGGCAAACCUGCAUGGUGGGACGGUGGUUGCCAGUUACCCCUUCGAUGACUCGGCCUCCCACCGGAGAGAGGGUUUCUACAGCCGGUCGGAGGAUGACAGCUUGUUUCGGUACUUGGCCCUGGUGUAUGCUAAGAAUCACCCUGUGAUGAAGACUGGUCAACCCAACUGUCCCGGAAGCCCUGGAGAAAACUUUAAAGAUGGCAUAACGAACGGGGCUCACUGGUAUGACGUACCAGGAGGAAUGCAGGACUACAACUAUGUGUAUGGAAAUUGUCUUGAAAUCACCAUGGAGCUGAGCUGCUGCAAACAUCCCCCUGCUUCUGAGCUCCAUAAGGAAUGGGAUCUUAACAGGGAAUCCCUCAUAGCCUACAUAGAAACGGUGCACAUUGGCGUCCGCGGGUUUGUAAAAGAUGCAGUCAGCGGCGCCGGCCUCAGCAAUGUCACCAUUGCAGUGGCAGGGAUUGGCCACAACGUGACCAGUGCAAAAUACGGGGACUAUUACCGCCUUCUGCUUCCAGGGACGUACAACAUCACAGCUGCGACUCCAGGGUACUUGUCAAUGACAGUCAACGGUGUUCAAGUCAUGGAGGGUAAAACCACUGAACAUAACUUUACUCUGUCACCUGUGGUUGAAGAAACUGAAGGUAGCACCACCCUAACUACGACCUCAAAGCCGUCCACUAGUCGGCCAACGACUACAGUCUCUUCUAACGUAAACACCACUCACACUCCGGUGGUUACUACUGAAGGAAACAAAAACACCCCACCCGUUCACCAGCCUAUCCAGCCCAAAGAAUUCCGUCACCACAACUAUGCCGACAUGGAGCUUUUCUUACGCAAGUACAACAGCGAGUUCUCCUCCAUUACCAGCCUUUCUUCUAUUGGCCGCUCCGUGAAAGAUCGGGAGCUGUAUGUGAUGAUCAUCUCUGAUAACCCAAACAUUCACGAGCAUGGUGAACCAGAGUUUAAGUACGUGGCCAACAUGCAUGGAAAUGAAGUGGUGGGUCGAGAGUUGUUGCUCAACCUCAUUGAGUAUCUGUGCCGCAACUAUGGUACCGACCCAGAGGUCACCUGGCUGGUUAGCAAUACCCGCAUUCACAUCAUGCCCUCCAUGAAUCCUGAUGGCUAUGAGGAAGCCACUGAAGGUGACAUGAAGAGCUACAAAGGACGCAACAACAGCAACAAAUAUGACCUGAACCGCAACUUUCCUGACCAGUUUGUCACCAUCACUGAUCCCAGGCAGCCAGAGACUGAGGCUGUAAUGAAAUGGGCGAAGAGCAUACCUUUUGUUCUGUCUGCCAACCUCCAUGGAGGGUCCAUGGUGGUCAACUACCCUUUUGAUGAUGACAAAGAAGGAAUUAGUCAUUACAGCAAGUCACCUGAUGAUGAGGUCUUUAAGCAAAUUUCAAGAGCAUACUCAGAGCAAAAUCCCAUUAUGCACAGUGGACACCYUUGUGAGGAAUUGUACCCUCAAGAGUAUUUCGAGGAUGGCAUCACUAAUGGUGCUCAGUGGUACACAGUUCCUGGUGGCAUGCAGGACUGGAACUAUGUCAACACCAACUGCUUUGAGGUGACCAUUGAGCUGGGCUGUGUCAAGUACCCCUGGGCUAAGGACCUGCCAACAUACUGGGAACAAAACUGGCGAGCCAUGCUGAAGUUCAUCCAGCAGGUUCACACUGGAAUAAAGGGUACAGUUAGUGACUUUAGAGAUGGUACAGGUAUUCCUAACGUCACCAUCAGCGUGGAUGGAAUUGACCACAAUAUCACUACGGCUGAGACUGGAGACUACUGGAGACUGCUGGUACCUGGGACCUACUCUGUCACCGCCUCUGCCCCAGGCUACAAACCUAUGUUGAUCUACGUCACGGUCUCGAAUGAUCGAGCAGAGGUACUGGACUUCAGACUGACUCGAUUUGACUCAAACAUUAACGGCCAGUCUACCAGUGGUCCCCAGACCACACCGAGCCCAUCUGAAAAGGAGCUCCAGGUCCUAAUCCAUGAGCUCUCUCUAAACGAAGGUUUGAAGCAGCUGGUCGAGAACACAGCCACUGACAACAGCCUCCACUACAGAGGCUUUAAAGACAUGUCCGACAUCUUGAGAGGCCUCACGCUCAACUUUGCCAAUAUUACCAAACUACACAAUUUGAGCCAAAGUGUGGAGCACAGAACAAUUUAUGCGCUUGAAAUCUCCAGCAAACCAGAAGACACUGAGCCAUCUAAACCAAAGAUCCGCUUUGUGGCAGGGCUCCAUGGGAAUGCACCGGUGGGCACAGAGCUGCUGCUGGAGUUCGCUGCCUUCCUGUGCAUCAACUACCACAAGAACACAGCCAUCGCCAAGCUCAUAAAUGAGACUCGAAUUUUUAUCGUGCCAUCCGUCAACCCCGACGGCCGAGAACAGGCUAGUAAGAAUCAGUGCACGUCCACCCAGGGCCUGGCCAACUCUAACGGCGUGGAUCUAGACAGAGACUUUUUUGGCAAUGAAUCACAACGCAUGAGUGAUCCCCAACCUGAGACGAAAGCGAUGAUGAACUUCAUUCAAAACGGAGACUUCACUCUGUCUGUAACUCUGGAUGGAGGUGGCCUGGUUGUCACCUACCCUUAUGACAARCCUGUUCAAACUGUUGAAAAUGAGGCCACGUUGAAGUACCUGGCGAAGACGUAUGCCGACAACCACCCAAAGAUGCGUCUCGGAGAUACUUCUUGUUCUAACAAUGGCCAAAUGGGCAGCAUCCCAGGAGGAGUUAUGAAAGCAGCAGAGAAACAAAGUCACAUGGGGAGCAUGAAGGACUUCAGUAUGGACUUUGGACACUGUCCKGAAAUCACAGUGUAUACAGGCUGCUGUUUGUUCCCUCCUGUUGAUCAGCUGGUCACACUCUGGAACGAGAACAAGAAGGCUCUCCUCAGCAUGUUGGUGGAGGUUCAUAAAGGAGUACGUGGCUUGGUGAAGGACAGAAGUGGGAAACCAAUCACUGGCGCAAGCAUCGUCCUGAACAGAAAAAUGAAAAUCUUCAUCUCCCAGGGAGGCUACUUCCACGUACUCCUCGCUCCUGGCAACUACAGUAUUGAAGCCAUUGCUGAUGGAUAUCAGCAACAACAGUUUACGGUCGAGGUGUCUCCUUAUCAAGCUGCUAGCUACAUCAUCAUUGAUUUUGACUUUGACAAGAGCAUCUUUGGAUUGCCCAGGGAGUUUGUUGUGGCAUGUGCAGCGGCUGCCAUGACCGCGCUGGUGAUUACGGCGUGCAUCAUCUGGUGCGUGUGCGCGGCCAAGUCCAAUCGUCAGAAAGAUGGCUUCCACCGCUUGCGGCAGCACCACGACGAAUACGACGACGAGAUACGGCUCAACUCCAUGGGCUCCAAGAAAUCCCUGCUCGCCAACGAGUUUCAGGACGAGAGUGAAAGUGAAGAGGAGACGCUGUAUGCCAACAAAAUCUAAAAGACUCUCUGCACCAGUUUGGCUCAGUGUUUUAUUUUAAUUUUGUUUGUUUUUUUUUUGUUUUGUUUUUUUUUGACCUCCCACUAGAUUUGAACCUUUUGCCAACAUGGAACUAAAUGGACUCAAGAAUGAGCAGCUUCUGUUUUUAUAUGAAAAACUCGAAGCAUAUUUUUCCGUUAUGCCUUUAAGUUUUUAGGUCUGGCUUCUUCCCACUUCAGUGCUGCUAAAUCAGAGAAUCCUUUAGGACAAAGGGUUCAUGUUUGRUUUCUGGUUGACUAAACAGCUCUCAUUCAUUUAUUUUUUAUUUUUCACACAGUUGUUUCCAAGCCGUUUAAAGCUAUUACUUGGUCAUUAUUUGUCCUGCCUGCCUCACAGGUCAAGCCAUCACGUCCAAAUGAACUUUUUAUUAGUGUCUCCAGAAACUUACAAAUGUCAUCAUCAGUAGGUAUUUAUUUGAACACCACUUAAAGCUAGAUGAAUUUUUUUUUUUUUUGGUGUAAAAUAGUAAAGUUACGCUAAAAUGUCAGCAUAUGUCAGAACGACUCCAUCACUCUGUGCCUUGGCUUCUAUAGAUUUUAAAGUUCCAGUUAGGUUGUCAGAAGAAGCAGAUAGAACUGUAUUAUAUAUAAUUAUGUGAUAACAAUAAUUUUUUGAUCCAUUCUAAACUCAGGUUUCUAAAAGGAGGAAAUUGCGCUCAAGCAAAUGCUAAAUUCCAAUAUUCAUACCUUUUUUUUUUUUUUUGCACAGAGAACUUAAACUAAAUAAUCCCGCUUUGGGAGUUUUUUUUUCAGUAGGUUAAACUUUCAAAAUCUGAGAAUCUAAUUCUGAGCUUAAAUGAAACUUUGCCUUGUGAGUGGAUGGUGUUUUAAUGUAUUUACAGGGAUUGUUGCUCCCAUUAUCACUGGCCAUGAYAACAAAUGUUGAACCUAAAAAUGUGUUGACAAGAUUGUAUUUGUUUUUCUUUGURUUUUAUUAGUUAUAGGAAGUUUACUGUGUGUAGAAAAUCCCUUCUCUGUACACUUCUAUCUUUGUUUUUUUUAAGGCAUCAAUUAUGUGUUAAUAUUGCACAGCCUUAACUAUGAAUAUUUUCCAAACUGAAAUAGGAAAUAAAAGGCAUAAAGAGUAUAAUUUAAUCACAUAAACUUUUGUGUGGGAGGAUUGUUUCCAAUAUCUGAGUGAAGUGGAAACUUUUUUUUUGUUUGGUGAUCCUGUGCUGAAAGUAGGAUGGCUUUAUCUCUAGCCAAACAGGGUAAAUGACCAAAAACCAAAAGUCUGAGUGAAUGAGGGAAUCCUCUGAUGUUCCUGUACUUCUGAAUGAACUGGACCUCCAAAUUCUAAAAGUGGGAAAAGUGCUGCUUGGUUUCAAAACAUCCCUCUUCAGAGUAAUUCACCCCCAGCUAUUUUCACAAAAAGAUAUUUCUUAACUUUUGCUUUGGGGAGAAAAGUUUGUAAAUUAUUUUUCUUAUACUGUGUCUACAAAGCCCUUGUGUAUAGACUUCUGAAAGCGUCACGCAAUGUGAAAAUUUUAUACARCUGGAAUAAAGUGUAAAUAUUUGCCAGAUGUAUGUAAAGGGUGGAGCGUGCACUUUCUGUUUUCACAUGCAUCGUUUCAGAUUCAUCUUGGUUGGACUUAGAUGUGCUGAUGUGCACAAAAACUCACAAAUUACGGUAAUAAAACAUGUCAGAGCACGA